UUGAUUCCUAGAUUACACCAUUAUCAAGACUAUUUUGGUGCACAAGAUUGUUUCUUUUUGCAGCCAGUACGAAGUCAAAAUUAAGAAGAGAAGGAAGAAAUGUCUGAGUUGCCAAAGAACGACUCUGUUACAAUUAGGGAGGUAUGGAACGACAAUCUCGAGCAAGAGUUUGCUCUGAUUCGUGAUAUAGUCGAUAAUUAUCCUUAUGUUGCCAUGGAUACUGAGUUCCCCGGUGUGGUUCUUCGCCCACUGGGCAGUUUUAAUCAUAUCCAUGAGUACAAUUAUCAAACCCUCAAGGAUAAUGUUGAUAUGUUGAAGUUAAUUCAGUUGGGUCUCACAUUUUCGGAUGAAAAUGGGAAUUUACCCACCUGUGAUAAUACAUGCUGCAUUUGGCAAUUCAAUUUCCGCGAAUUCAAUGUGAGCGAGGACAUAUUUGCUAAUGAUUCGAUAGAAUUGUUGAGGGAAUCAGGGAUUGAUUUCAAGAAGAACAACGAGGCGGGCAUCGAUGCUAGCCACUUUGCUGAGCUGCUGAUGUCAUCUGGGAUUGUUUUGAAUGAUAACGUGCGCUGGGUGACAUUCCACAGUGGCUAUGACUUUGGGUACUUGCUUAAAUUAUUGACUUGUAGAAGUUUGCCGGAGAGUGCAGUGGGGUUCUUCAAUAUGCUGAAUUUGUACUUCCCAGUGGUGUAUGAUAUAAAGCAUUUGAUGAAGUUUUGCAAUAGCCUUCAUGGCGGGCUGAAUAAGCUAGCAGAGCUGUUGGAAAUUGAGAGGAUUGGGAUUUGUCAUCAGGCAGGUUCUGAUAGUUUGCUCACAUCUUCGGCUUUCAAGAAGUUAAAAGACAACUUCUUCAAUGGGUUCACCGAAAAGUAUGCAGGUGUAUUGUAUGGACUUGGUGUUGAGAAUGGAUUUGAAAAGUAAAGAUAUAAAGAAGAUCUUUGUUUGUAAGACCUCCACUCCUCCACCCCUUUGUAUUUGAUCUUGAUGUAUUAUUAGGUGUAGAAGUAGUAGUACGUUGAUGGUUUUCAAAGUUUGUUUGUUGCUUGUUUUUUGUUUUUUGUUUUUUGAAAUUAACUUUGUCCUCGGAGGAGGAGGUGUUGUAGCUUGAACAUUGUAAAGUUUGAUAUACACAUGUUGCAAUAACAGUUGUACCAUUUCAUCCUCGUGAAUU